AUGCUGACAUAUCUCAAAGGAUGCUACGAAUGCUGCAAGCGGCGCCUCAAGUGCGACAAGACAGAGCCAGAAUGCCUCAAGUGCCAGAAAAAGGGCAUCUCCUGCUCCGGCCAGGGUCUCAGGUGUCGCUUCAGCAGCCACAUGGUCGUGAACCCCAGGACGCCAGGCACUCAGACGCUGAACCUCGCAUCGAGGCCUAGCGCAUCAUCUCAGAGCAGCAUCGUUAUCAACCAGCCUGAAAAGAGUUUUCGCUGGGUUGAUGCUGGACAACGUGUCAAGAAGGGACGCGUUAGGAGAUCUCAGGAGUCUGAGAAGUCUUCUACUAGCAGUCCGGAAUCGGCGUCCUCGAGCACUGAUGAUAGUGUGUCCGAAGUGUCAGACACACCACCAUCUGAAAGAUGUACCGUCGUGGUUCCUUAUGCCUAUCAAACGCCUCUUCGUCCCGCACCGGAUGAAUCAUCUCGUCCCCACACGAGGAUGCUCUUCAGUCACUUCGCCAGCGCCGUAGCCCCAGCCAUGGUCGUGCUAGACAUCUUCAGCAACGGCUAUCGAGACAUCAUCCUCCCUCUCGCCUGCCAAGACGAAGUCCUUGAACGGGCUGUCUCAGUUGUAUCCGCCUUCCAUCUAGCACAGAAAGCCCCAGGGCUUCGGCCCGCAGCGGAAGCAGGCCAUCACGCCAUCGUCACAAAGCUCCGCAGAGAUUCUUUCAAGCUCACACCAGAGCAACUGUUUAACCCAUAUACUCUAGCGACAAUCUUGGUCCUUCUCGUUGGCGAGACCAUCACAGGCGCCGACAACUACACCUAUCUUUUGGAGAUGCUCAACUGUCUCGUUCAGUCCCCGGAAUCCAUUGCCGCACUGCCACAGAGCCUCAGGGAGUUUUUCCUGCAACAGAUCAAGAUGUUCCAACUCUUCGGGUUUCCCCUCUCAGACGAGAGAAAAGGACUCAAUAUUCUCGCUAGCCCAGCCGAGGACUAUCUCGAUUUCAUGUCAUAUCCAGAUUUAGACCCAGAUUCAGAACACUACACCAAUAUGGAGCUCAUCAGAUCAGCCAUCAACGAUGCCUGCAAGAUAUACCGAAGGCGUGCCGAAUCUUCACUCAGUCAGGACGAGUCUAUCCACUUGAUAGAGCAGAUGCGACAAAAAGUUCUUGGACUGGACUGUAGCACUAAGGGUGCUCACGCUCUAGUUUGGACCUAUUUCAUCGCAGCAGCCGAGAGCACUCUACCAGAGCAUCGAGAGUUCUUCUCUGGACGGUUGAAAUCUCUUUACCAGGUCACAGGUUUUGGUAGUAUCCCUGUUGCGUUGCAAGCACUCAAGACUAUCUGGUCUAUGCAGGGCACUCGGAGAUGGACCGAGAUUGUCAGCACUGAUACUCCUAUUUUGAUCAUGUAA